AUGGCAGCUAUUGGCUCUCUAGUUUUCUGUACAGACUGCGGCAACCUACUCCCCGUGUCUAAAGGCAAUGUCAAGAAUAUCUUGCAUUGCGAAUGUUGCGGCGCCGAAAACAGAGACACAGCAUCGAAGACGACCGUCACCCAAAGCAAGCCCUCCGAUUUCCCCUCUGCGCUUCGGCAAAAGCUCUCCAUCGUGCAAUCGGUCGAGCGACACAAAAUUCAAACGGAAGCCGUCGUCAACGAAACGUGCGAAAAAUGCGGACGUACCGAGGUCAAAUAUUCAGCAGUACAGCUACGUAGUGCAGAUGAGGGUAGCACUAUCUUCUACACCUGCGACUGUGGUCAUAAAUGGAACACCAACAAUUGA